AUGGCUGACACCGGGCAGGAACCCGAGUUGUUAUUUUUUGACACCUUUUCUCACGAAAGCGCUGAGGAGCUAAAUUUAGACUUGGUACAGUUUCCACGGCCAGUUAUUAUUCAGGAAAUCAGAGUUAUACCACUGCAAACUAAAGUAGAAGCAGAUGUACCAGGAGGGGUUAGGCUAGGGGCUACUAAUCCAUCUGUGUUCAAAUUAGAACUGUUUGUCAACAACCUGAGUAAACCUAAUGCAGCUACAUUUGAGAGUCUUGGAGUACUGGAAUACAAAGAAAAUGUAAAUAUCCAACUAAAGACUGACAGUGAGGUACCAACUGAUGGGCUGAUUUUAAAGGGAUGGUACAAUACUAUUACUGUAGCUAUCUAUGGAGAACUGACCAUUGUAAAACAGGAUCAUCAUUCAUCCCCACCCCCUCCACCACCACCACAACCCAGGGCUAAACCUCAGACUGUUGAACCGAGAAGUGCAGUGUCAGGAGAAAUACCACUACAAGAAUGGGAGACAACUCGUCCAGGUGCCAAACCUCCUCCAGCACAACAUCCACUGGACUAUAUACAAGAACAAGUCAACUUACAGAAAAAACAACAGGCCAUGGUACAGUUGUCACAUCCUCCCCCUCAAACUGGUUCAGCUUCACAGAGACAGAUGAUAUCACCUGCAGGGCAGACUGCCGGAGAAGGAUACAGAGGUCCAGAGGAUCGUCAUCCACCACAGCAUAGAGAUAUAUUACAGGAAUUUAUACAAAGUCCAAAGUUAAUGGGUCAUAGCGAAGGCAGUGGUUCUCAAAGAGACUUCAAAGAUGAUAGACGUGACAGAGACUUUGAUAGAUAUGAUGAUAGGUCUAGGGAUUCUUAUGAUUAUAGAAAGAAAGAGGAAUAUGAACGAUCCCGUGAGAACUCACAUGAUCGUGAUGUAAGAGAUAGCAGCAGAGAAAGGGAAAAAGAGAGAAGAAAAAAGGAAGCUUGGGAAAGAUUUAGGAAGAGAGAAAAUGAAAAAUCCAGGGAUUAUAGUGAGAGAGAUUGGAAUAGAAGUCCUGCAAGAAAAUCAUUGUCAAGGUCACAUUCUAGGUCAAGAUCUAGAUCAUAUUCAAGAUCCCCUGCUAGAUCAAGGACUCCUAGACGAUCUGUGUCACCACGACGUACAAGAUCACCUAGAAGGACACCAUCAAGGUCACCUCGAAGAUCACCAAGGAGGCAGAGGUCACUUACACCAAACAUGACACCUGUAAGGUCACCAGAGCCAGCUCAUCCAAGGUCACCUUCACCAUCACCCCAGAGGUCAAGGUCAGAAUCAUUUGAGGAACCACCGGUUCAGGUACCAACAGUUAUCCAUCAGCUAAGAGAUGCACCAGUACCUAUUGGUAUCAUACAGCCUCCACCUAUGAGAGAAUUUCCCAUAAUGCCACCAGAAGAGGAACAUAAUGCAGGAGACAUUAUGGAUGAUGGGGAACAGGAAUAUUUAGAACCACUGACCCCUGACCAGGGAGGAAUGUUUGAGACUUCUGAUGGAGAAUUACAGGAUGAUAAUUAUGAAAAUAUUUCGUCAGAUGAAGACAUGAUGGAACCAUCAGAACUUGCUGGUAUAGAUAUGUAUGAGAUUACAGAUGAAUUAACAGAUGAUUCUUGGACAUAUGAUAUUGGGAAUUAUAAUCCGUUUAGAGCUGAAGUGACUCCUCUUACUACAUUUCCUGAUAUUUCUCAAACAAAAUUUGAACAGGAGAAACAAGUUUUGAUUAAACACAGAGAAAAACCUGAAGAAGCUGUUACAUUACUGACUUUUAUUGAACAGUUUACUGAUGCCGAUCACCAUGCUAAAUGGAUUGAAUCGAUGGAGAGUGUCCCUGGUCUGUUACCUAAAGGACUGUUUUACCUUUUAUACAAGGAUAACAGAAAAGAUAUCUUAGAUACAUUGACAGAAUGGACAUUAGAGGGUCUGAACCUAGAGCAGGUUAUCAGCCAGCCUGAUGCAGCUUAUAAAGUGCGUCAUUUAAAAAUGGGGAUCCGAGUGGCUGCCAGUCUCUGUAGUUGUGAUGAAGCUGUAGCUACAAAUGUUCUGUCCAGAGAUGUACAACAUAAGCUGUUAGACAUUUUCACAGAUCAAUAUACAUCAUUUUCUGUCAAACUACAAAUUGUUCAAGCUCUCGACCAAUCAACAAGGCUGUCUUGUGGUAUGGACUGGUUACUAGGGAAACAUAGUCUCCAAGACAACACAGGUCAAGAAACUUGCUACCAAAGAAUCAUAAAUAUAAUGCAGACAAAACAGGUUGUGAGAGUCUUGGUAGCCUUAACAGCAAUCAUAAAAAAAGUCCAUUAUUAUGAAAUUAUGAGCAGAUUAUCAGCAUUCACUGAAAGGGUUAUAAAUAUUGAUAUCAGCAAAGAUGACAACCUAAGUAAUGAGGACUAUCAACAGAUAAUCAAAACCAUGGCUGACAUUACUAAAGUCUUCUCUAUAGCACCACAUUUAAUUUCCCAGCCAAAGAGAGGAUUGCCAGGGAAGACCAUGUUUGAAGUAGCUCAGCCAAUUAGUGAUCCGUAUCCUAAUCUGUAUCACUAUGCAAACAAAUGUCACCUGCUACAGAGUCUACUGGUUCUUAUUUCUUCACCUGUUACAGGGAACCAUCCUAUAAUUUUGUCCUCCAUUAUAAAUCUGUUGCAGUUAUUUCUACAUACCCAUCAUGGACUGUUGUAUCUCAGCUCUCAGACAGAGGUCACCAACAGUAUUGUAAAAUUCCUGCUUCAUGGUCCAGAUUAUGCACGGGAUGAUUCUGAUGACAACCCACUACAGAUGUUUGGAGUAGAGAUGGUGUAUCAUCUACAGACACUUCAAUACAUAGAUCAACUAAAUGAGUUCCAUAAUAAAGAGGAUACUGAGCUUGAUGACAGUGGAGCUCUGGCCACUCUACAUAACUUGUAUACCAUGACUGUGACAGCUGUUGGAAGAGAUGCCCUUGUCAGAGUGUUUAGUGCUGAUUAUAAUAUUAAAUCUUUAUUACCAUUCAUCGAACUUACAGGAAUUGAAGAGAGAGAUGCUAAAUUAAAGAAGAGUGUCUGUGCCAGUUACAGUUUACAGUUACUUCUGUUGGUUAUCAGAAACUCUAGUGAUGUUGGUUUACUUGAAAAGUUUAGUAACAGACUUGUACAGAUUUGUGAAGCAGAUUACAGUAGUAAACUUUUAGAACUCCAGGAAUGGUUGGCUCCAAUCAAAUACAUUACAUCUUACAACUAUGAUGGUGUAUCUUCUGCUGUACAACAACUGAAACAGGUGGUCGAAGGAAUGCAGAAAAUACCACGCCCACUUAUAACUACAUGUAGAAUACUCAGACAUAUGACUAUACCUAAAGAAACAGAGUACCCAGAGGAUGUCCCAGAAGAAAUAAAAUACAAGUAUGCUUUACUUGAUGUUUAUGGAGAGGAUGCUUUCCCUAUCUUCAUAACAAUACUGCAGAAAGUGAAUGAUAUAUUGAUCAGAAAAUGGCAGCAGGGAUGUCCACAGAGUUCAGAAAAUAUGACCUACUAUCUUGCUGUUGUUAAACCUUGUCUAGAAAUUGUCAAGUCUACAUUAUGUUUCCUGAUAUCCUCCAGAGGAGGGGAGUUUAAGGACCUUACCAGCCUAUCAGUUUUAUUUGAACUACAUACAAUCAUGUGUUCUGUUCCCUUAUCAUCAUAUUUCAUUGAGGAUAUACACCAGAUACAGAAGAACGUGAUUGGAACAUUAUUGGCCUAUACACAGCCUGUUAUUACAGCUAAGGACACUGAUGAAGCACUAACUGAAAGUCUUUGGACAAAGACUAUGAAAGAACUGAUUAAAUACACAACAAAGGCACCAUAUACCUAUUUGAGUGGUCUAUUGAUGAUUUCAGAAUUACUUCCCUUGCCGUUACCUCUCCAGACAGAAGAGAAGCUAACAGAAGAAGAGAUAAGCCUAGCAGUGAAUUCCAGGAAGUUGUGGAGUGCUCAUCUUCACUCACUUUCACCACAGGUACAAGAGAUGAUCAGAAUCUUAGCCACAUCUACUUGUCAGCCAUUACAACAGGUUCUCAGGCGUGUUUGUUGGCAGUUGUCUGAUCUGUCAGCAUCUGCUGCUACCAUGGUAACAAAGUGUGUGUUGGAUAUGGUAGUGACAAGUUUUGACACACUGGGAGCUAAACCUUUUCCAGUAGAAGGUGCGGAGGAAGGUGGAAGUCAAGAAAGUAGAAUUGAAAGAGUUGCCUCCCCUUAUGCUAGUAAAAUGCUGAAUUUACUGGCAUUUGUAUUGGCACAUCCACCCAUAAAAUGUGCCACGCUACAUCUGAUGCUGAAAGCAGGUUCUGGCUCUGAUGAGAAGUAUGGAGAGUUACUAACCCAGUUCUUGGAAAUCUUAAAUUCAGUAUGUGACAGGCUUCCUCAUGUACAAGCUCAGGAAUGUAUUGUUUCAAUAAUCCAAAGUUUAUGUGAUGUUGAAGUUUCCAUGUUAACAGGAAGUAGUGAAUUUACAGACAAACAGAUUGCGUACUCCCUGCCACAGCCCAGUGAUAUGGUAAUGAUAACAACAGCACUACUAGACCACAUGGGAAGUGCUGAUCACAAUUACGCCUCUAUCCUACCAUGUGUUAAGACCCUGGUCAUGUUAACAGAUCAUGAUUAUGGAUUUUACUUCUUGAAAAAGGUUUUAGAACAGAAGACGACUGCUUUAGGACGUCUGAUGGUUAGAAUCAAUACAACGUUCAGUAAGGACAGUUCUGAUUGUUUAUUAACUUUAUCCACAUUACUGGAAUUCUUACGUCUACUUGUCUCUGUGGAGAGUCCAAUGGCAGGAAUAACUGUGACAAGAACAUAUACUUUAUCUCAGAAAGAACUUCACCAAGUGUUGUCAUGGAAUCCAAGCAUGGAGAAUCAUCCAUUAUUAGAUUUAGAAAAACUUUUAGAGGAAUUUGCCAAGGAGGACGAGGCAAUGAAGAGUUUACUUGACAGUAUGACAGCCUUAAUGAAGAUGCUACGGGAGCCUGAUACAGUACAGGAUAAGAAAACAAGUAAUCCCACAAUAUCCAUUUAUGUGACACAUCCAGCCAAAUCUCCCGAAAGUGGGAUUAAGUUUUAUUUUGAGAAAAAGGAGAAUGAAAAGGAAACAGACACAGUUCCAGAACCAUCAAAUAUUGAACCAGAGUCGUUAUCUAACUUAUUUUUAAUGAGGUCUGUAUACGAGAUGAGUAAUAUGGAGGAUGAAAGACUUAAUGAGGCCUAUUGGCUGUCAAAUCCUAUCACAGAUGAAGCAGAUGUAGAACCAGACCUGAUUAGAAUGGACAUGGAAGAGAUCUGUAGUAAAUACUGUCCUGAUUAUAACCUGGAAGAAGAACUAAAAAAGACAACUGUGUCAUCAAAUGAGGAAGUUACUAAACCAAGGAGGUUAAGACAUGGUGAUAGAAGAAAAUCACAAGAAAUCAAUCUGUAUAGAGGCAAAGGAUUAAAAAGACCUUUUGUGGCACCUAUGAGGGGACGUGGAAUAACCAGAGGCUUACUGAACAAUAGUGGAAGAUCUGAUAAUUUCAGAUGUCGACCACCAAAUACAAGUAGACCACCAUCAAUGCAUGUUGACGAUUUUAUGAAGUUGGAGAAAGGUGGCAAUUAUGAAGGUGGUGCUGGAGGGGGACCUCAUCCUGGUCAACCAAGUCACGAGGAUUUCUCUCGUAGAAUGGAUUUCAAGGACAUGGGCAGAGGUGGUUUUAGAGGUCGAGGUUUUGAUAGAGGUCGAGGUAACUACAGAGGCAAUAGAGGAGGAGGAGGAGGCGGAGGAUUCUUCACACCUCCUGGCAAUAUUAGAAGUCGGGAUUCAUCUAACAAUAUAUACAUUACUCAAGGCGACAGUGGUGGUGGAAGAGAGUAUGAUAACAGACAGAAAACUAAUUUUACACGACCUUUCAGUAGAGGGAAUAAUCGACCAAGUUUUGAUGACCGUAGAGGAAGAGAUUUCCGAUUUUCUCCUCGUGGAGGAAGAGGUGGUGGAAAUAAUUACUGGCAGAAUAAAGAAUCUGAUGGUGACAGAUUUAAUAACUCGUCACAGUUUUAUGGCAGAAGAGAUGAACACAAUCCAUCCAGACAUGUACGAUCAUUUACAAAAUAAAAGACAUUGUUUAUACAGACAAUAAGAUGUCUACAUUCAGGAUAACUCAUCAAAUAGGAUUUUAUGAAAUAAGAAUUUUUCAUUAAAAUAUCUUCAUAUCGAGAAGAGUCUGUGUCAUUUACAUUAUUUUGUUCAUUUACAUGUAUCAAAAAAUCUAUGAAACUUCAUUGGAUGUCUGCAUUAUCUACCUAAGGGACUUGUCAAAAUUAUUGGAUAUACUUAUAAAAUAAAAUCAUCAUUUAGGCCUAAAUUUUGCCAGUUAAUCCACUUUUGUUAGUAUAUUGCCAAUUUUUUUCUUUGAGAGACAGCCAGAACCAAAAUGAAUAAAUUUCUAUUUGACAGACAUGCAUGUUUUUGGUGUUGGUUUUGAAUAUUCAAAAAAUACAGGCCAGUAGCCAGGAUGUCUCUGAGGGGGUUAUUUGUGGUCUUGACGCACUUCUAUUUGGACCCUAAAAAUAUUUUUUUUGUUUUAAGGGGGAGGUUCUUCUUUAUGUUUACGCAAAAAUUUUUAAUUUUAAACGGUCCUCAGUAUAUGAUGUAAAUUUCCUUCCACAAUACAUGUAAGUGAGUUUCUACCAUACUUCAUCAUGUCUGAUCUUGUAAAAUUUGAUUGGGUCACAUAUAUUAUAAAAAAUAAAAGAGUCCAUAAUAUGAGAGGACAGUACAUUUUGUUAAGUCUUGUGAAGUAAUUUGUUUAGUGUAUUGAUUUACUAUACCCCUUAAGUGAUUGUUGUGUCUGUUUGUUUAACGGUAUGUAUUUGUCCAUACAUUGUAUAUUUUUUCAACUCAACUUCAAAUAGGUUACUUGAUUUUUAUUUCCAUUAAUGUUCUAAAUGCUAUUUGGUGCUCCCAUACUAAAACAUGGACAUUUCCAUAUAUAUACCUAUUUGUGAGAGUUCAAGGGAUAUAAAUUUGACAGGCCCCUAGUUAAUAUAUUUCAAAAUCAAAUUUGAAAAAUAUUUAUUUUUGACCGUCAUACUACAUCUGCUUACAUGAAUAGGAUUUUAUAUGUUUCAAGUUCUUCAACAACAUUGUAGGAGGGGGUAGUUAAUGAAAUUUUCAAUUUCACUUUUGUAAGACCAUUUUUACAGAUGUCAGUGAUUAUAGAACUUUCCAAUUUUAUUGAAAGCAUGAAUUGAUGUCUCAUUUUAAUAAAUGUGUAACAACAUAAA